UGACCCCUCUACCCAAUGGCUGUAGGAGGUAUAGAGUUUUGGGGAGUGCAUAUAAUCAACAUAUUAUCGAAGGUGCUUAGAUAUUGAUCCUGUAUUUCGAGGUAGUUCAAAUUCACCUCUCUUGGACCUUCGGGUUUGACCAUAAUUUUUUCCGCGCUUGGUGGAGAAUAAUUCACGCGUAAAAAUGCCGAAGAGAAAGUCUCCAGAGGGUCCCGAGGGCAAGGAGGCCUCCAAAGUCACAAAACAAGAGCCCACCAGAAGGUCAGAGAGAUUGUCAGCGAAACCUGCUCCACCCAAGCCUGAGGCCAAACCCAAGAAGGCCAUCGUCAAGAAGGUGGCAGAUGAUAAGGGGGCGAAGGCAAAGAAAGGCGGUGCUAAGGGAAAGAAGGAAGAUGGCCCCGCCCAGAACGGAGAGACCAAGACCAAUGAGAUCUAUGUGUCUCGUCCGUCUGUCAGUGUGUCAUCCAUCAGAAGCACCGCUCCCUCCUUGAUGUCAGUGAGAGGGCAGAGUGAGACAGUCAGAGUUGAGGUGUGCUUUGCAGUGCUGUGUGUAUUGGCAAGAGAGAGGGAAUACAGUGAGAGAGCGUGAGGAGGAGAAGAGAGAAGAGAGGAUGUCUGGCGUUUUCCUUGCUGUGUGCGCUGAAGUGGGCCAAGGACAACUCUUUACACACGGGCAGGAAGGUUCUGUGCCGCUCACAGUGUGUGUGUGUGUGUGUGUGUGUGUGUGUGUGUGUGUGUAUGUUUGUGACGUGGAAGAUGAUUGGCUAACUGUGUUAUAGACAGCAGGCUCCACCAGUGGCCAGGCAGAGGAAACAGACAGGAGAUGUUCGCUCCAGUGAGAUCGCACGCACACACAUUUUGAUUCCUGAGUUGAAAUAAUGUUGAUUCCUGCUGAUACCAGAGGAGUUAUGGGGUUCAGUGAGUAGCUUUCUGGAGCAAUUUAGUGGAGAAAGAGGCCACACUUGUGUGCUGUGGAAGUGUGUGUCUGUCAACCAAGCCAAUCCAAGCCAAGCCAAUCUUGGGUGCACAUGAUUUUAGUCUGGAAAAUACUCACUGAGGCUCAUUUUAGCUGUAAACUUGAAGCUGGUCUCUUUCUCAAAUUUAAGCGUCAGUCCAGUCUAAUCACAAACAUAUUUUCUAGUGGUAUGUAGUCCUGCAGCUUUGGCUUUUAUUUGCUUAGGUUUUGAGAUAACCGUAUCUGACACAAAACAUUGGGGAUGAGUGGAAUUUUUCAAUGCUCAAAUCAUUGGAAAGUGACACUCGAAAAACUCAACAGCAGUGUGCCAGGAACAAGGUUGCAUGCACUGUUGAUAAUCCACAAACCUCACUGGAACUACUUUCUACCAAAGAAGUAGUCCCAGAGAUAGCGGUUCAAAUUUCAAAAGGUGGAUAUCUGAGAACCUCAGCCACUCCCCCACCCCAAAAAAGGAAACUGUUGGUUACCACUAGCAGUAAUUGAGAAAACAAGGGGCUGUAGCACAACAUAAAGACUGGCAAAGUAGUAGGUGUUUAUAGGCAGAGUUUGUUAACUUUGGACAGUCAUGCUAGCUGUUUCACCCUCUUUCCAGUCAUUAUGCUAAGCUAACAGGCUGGCAGCUCUAGCUUCCAUAUAUAUGCAGACUUGAGAGUGGUAUUGAUUUUCUCACGUAACUCUCAGUAAGAAGUCAAAAAGAUGCACUUCCCACUUAUACUCCUUCAGUUAUGCCUCAGAAACUCCAGUGACCUAUUUCUUUCUUUGAAUGUAUUCUGAGAAGAUUAAAGGUUAAAUUUUAAUACUUGCAGAACAGCUGCUGUGUUUUUCUAUUUUGAAAAACCUUUGGCUUUCCAGGGAGCAGGCUUACCAAGUUAUUUCAUUACAUUAUUUACCCAAAGUAAAACCCCAAACCACUUCAAAUCUAGAACACAAAGUUAUUCAGAUAACUCAGUGAAGAUGCUUCCAGCAACAGACCCAUCAAGCUAAAACCAAGCGCAGCCAAGUGAGUGGCACGUACAUCCAGGUUAUUGAGAGAGAUCGUGUUUCAUCUUCCAGCUGGUUAAAGGCUGAUUCAGUUUAACGUAGAAUUAAUUUGGUCUACGCCCACUGAGGACUUGCCAGCUCGUCGUCAGACCAGACCAAGCAAAGAGAAAGUUGUGAGUUAGCUUCUUGAGGCUAUUCUCAGUGGAGAGAAUAAGGGGUAACACCUUAACAUCUUAACCUGUCCGCAACUCCUCACUUCAUUCUCCCCUCUUCCCUCCCUCCAGGUAACUGAAGCAGCAGAG